UGCGCCGCUCCCCAACACCGACUUUUUAAAUUAUCCAUUUUCCUCAACAUAACACGCCUCUCUUUCUCAUUGCUCUUCUCCUUUCUUUUUGUUUUCUUGAUAACUAAAAUUUUGAGGUUUCAUUUUAAUCAAAGCAACCAUUUUGUUUCUUCGUAUUUUAUGAUGCAGCUGUUGACUACUUCAGAUACAACAAGCUUGAGUUAUUGGUUGAAUUGGAGGGUUUUUAUAAGUUCAUUUAUAGUUUCAACACCACUUGUCGUAUCAUUGAUUAUAAUUUGGAAAUAUGAAGGAUUGAAACAAGUUAAACGUGAUGGAAAAGAAAGACAUGAAGAUUUAAGUGUCGAUGAGUUAUACGAUGAUGAUGUUUGGAGGCCUUGUCUUCAACAAAUCCAUCCCAUUUGGCUGCUGGGUUAUCGGUUCGUUGCGUUUUGUUUAGCUCUCGCAACCAUUGUUUUAAAAAUCAUCACCAAUGGAGGUCGCAUAUUUUACUAUUAUACUCAGUGGACUUUUACUUUGGUUACCGUUUAUUUUGGGUUCGGAACAUUGCUCUCUAUUUACGGGUGUUACCAGCAUCAUAAAAUGAGUAGCUGCGGUUCUAAUGGACAGCAUGUUAAGUUAGAUACCGAGCAAGGAUACUACACACCUUUAACUAAUAGAAAAGAUGCUGAUGUACGGAGAAAAGCCUUAAAUCUGCAGGAACAAUGCGAUGUUUCACAAGCUGCAGGCGUCAUUAAUUAUCUAUUUCAAGUUAUAUUCCAGAUGAAUGCUGGAGCAGUGAUGCUUACUGACCUCAUUUAUUGGUGCCUUAUUUUUCCGUUUCUUACCAUCGAAGAUUAUGCAUUGAAUUUUAUGACCGUGAACAUGCAUACACUCAAUGUCAUCCUACUUCUCGGUGAUACAGCCUUGAAUAGCCUGCGGUUCCCUUGGUUUCGAAUUUCUUACUUCAUCUUAUGGACGGGUGCUUUUGUUAUUUUCCAGUGGAUUGUUCAUGCCCGUGUCUCGAUCUGGUGGCCAUAUCCAUUUCUUGAUUUGUCGUCACCUAGUGCUCCAUUAUGGUAUUGUUUGCUGGCAUUCAUGCAUAUACCAUGCUACGGCAUAUUUACUUUAAUAGUAAAUACCAAGCAUUACCUGUUGUCAAAAUGGUUCCCUCAGUCAUACCCAUGUUAAUAUAAACAAUGUGUGCUUUGUAUUUGUCAAAAGGCUGAUGGACUUUGCCGAAGUUUCUCUGCAGAUUCAAACAAUUUUUAAGCAGAUGUUUUUGCCUACCAUUACUGUCUUCAAAUUUUGCACAGAAACAAAAUUUUGGAAACAAGAGUCAAUGUAUAUAAAAGACAAACUCAGUUUAUUUAA